AUGAAACUUAGCCUCGUCUUACUCAUCGCUGCCGGUUUGGUGUCAACAGUCUCCACUGCAGACACCACGUCCGGUGAAACGGUCGCCGAUACGUCGGAAAUAAUGAUUCCAUCAUCGUCAACGAAUAAUGACAACUUGUCGGACAAGUUGGUGAGUGACGACAACUUGUUGGACACGUCGAUGAAUGAUGACAAAACGUCUGACACGUCCACCACAAAAUCUGACGCGCCAACGACAAAAUCUGACACGUCCACCUCAAAAUCUGACACGUCCACCUCAAAAUUUGACGCGUCUACCACAAAAUCUGACGCGUCAACGACAAAGUCUGACACGUCAACAGCGCAGAUUGCGCCCGGCCCUGAUCCGUUUGCGAAGCUCAAGACGAUCAAGCACUCUUCCGAUUCAUACCACAUGCCCGCUGUUCGCGUCGUACAUGCCCGUGUGCAGAGCGAUGAUCCUGAGCUCGUGGAUGGUGUGUUUACCUCAAGCUUUGGUAAAGGCGACCUGAAGGCCGGUUACUUGAGUGCCAUGGACACGGUCAACACCGCGUCGGUAGAGGGGUCGCUCAUGUAUGUUCAAGCUGAAGGAAUUAACAUCAAUGUCCGUGCUAAGAAAGAGCGAUGUGUACGCAAGUCUGGCAUGGCCAAUAUCGUCUUUUAUGAGAUUAUUAUCGUGCAGACAAAUGAGACGUUGGCUCAGUUUCAAGAGACAUGGGGCGAAACGCCCGAGUACGGCCCGAUGCUGCCCAUGGAUAGCGGCCGCUGUACGCCUCUAUCGGGUGAUGACGACUUCCCUCCUGGUUGUCUGCAGUUUAAUGGCGACGACGAUCAGCCGAACGUCGGACCGUUCGUUGGUGCCGGCACCAAGGUCGACGAUGUUCGAGCUCCGUAUCCGAACAAUGUCUGGUUCUCCUUCGCGAGUACGUGUCCGCUGAAAACCUGGAGUGAGAAGACGGACGAGUGCCGUAAGAAAACUCGCAAGGGCCUUUGUGACUAUGGUGAGGGCCCCGACGGCGUCGACUGUACUUUCGCUUACAACAUCUUGGGCUGGGUCACUAUCGAUGACAUUGUCGGUAUCACUUCCAUCGAGAACCCGACAACAGGAUCUACGUAUGCCAACUUUACGGAGUGGUGUUUGGCUAACAAGAGCCACACGGAGUUUGCGGCAAAUGCCGAAACCGGCGAGUUUGAAAAGGGUCUGCCGUUCUGGGAGGACCCGCUUAACACGACCGCGAACGCUGCUCGCGCCAAGGCGGUAGUAACUACAUACAUGUCGACUCUUACUUCGGGCUCAACGCAGAUUGAUAAGGAUGUCAUCUCCGCCUUCAAAGCGCUGCCUACCCCUGAGGAACUCGCUGCUGUAAAUCCGCCGUGCUAUAUGACGGUGGAGGCGUGUGGAUCCGGCAACGGAUGCAAGCGUGUUGGCUACUCCCAGCUCUGCACUGCGUGCGAGGCUGACGAGGGCUGCGAGACCGGUGGAAAGGGCUUUGUAUACCCGAAGCUUGAGAAGGCAUUUACAAAGUUGUCCGACAAAGAGACCACGACGAAGCUGAAGGACGGAAGCAAACCCGACGGUGGAACGAGUGCUGACUCGAAAAAAUCCGGUGCUGCUACACAUGUGUCUUUCACUAUCGCUUCAGUAGCUGUUGGUGUCCUGACUGCAGUGCUUGCUUUGUAA